GUGAAGCCUGCGGUGCCUUAUAAAAGCUUCCGGGCUCCGUACUCCUCACCAGCACCGACUGCUUGCUGCACUGCCGCUCUCCAGCACGCUGAAGGUUGAGAAGAUGACUAAGCUGGAGGACCACAUGGAGGGGAUCAUCAACGUGUUCCACCAGUUCUCAGUCCGGAGGGAGCACCCUGACAAGCUUUGCAAGGGUGAGAUGAAGCAGCUGAUCACAAGAGAACUUCCAAAUGCCCUCAAGAACACCAAAGAUCAAGCUACCAUCGACCAGACAUUCCAAGAGCUGGAUGCUGAUAAAGAUGGAGAGAUCAGCUUCCCCGAAUUCGUAUCCCUCCUGGCCCGUGUGCUAAUUACUGCCCACGAGGAUAUCCACAAGGAAUAGGAAGCUCUCAGGGGCUUUUCUCUGGCAGAGUCCCCAAGAAAACCGUUCCUUGUAGUCACUGCAGCCCAGCCCUGCACGUGGAAAGGGAGAGUUAAUAAACAUAUUCUCGAAAAGUU